AUGGCGUCAACGGUGGAUGAAGCUCUGCCCAUGACCGAUUCCAGUGACUUUGCAUUCCAGCACUCUUCUCCACUUUCGCUGCGUCACCCAUCAACAUUCUCAAGCCCGCCCGCACCUCCUCUAUCGAACCCAUACGACGACGAAACCACCUCCGAUGAACUCCACGACACGAGCGAGCGCGUUAUCAGACCAAGUGAGAGCAUCACACACCACCAUGCCUUAAGCUCAGCAGACCGCCGACUGUCCGGCCAUUCAUCCAUAUCCUCUUUCCCAGCCUCGGUCCUGCACCACGACCAGCAGAGGACGCCGUCGCGCUUGAGCCAUCAUGAACGGCAUGACAGCUUCGGGAAGGCCGUCUCGCCGCGACGGCACAAAGGCCUCUCGACGGCCUUCAGGAACCCGAGCAGUGUGAUGGAGAUGCAGCUUAACGAUGACACAGGCGACGAAACGGAGAGCGUGGUGUCGCAUCAUGUAAGAAGCGGGUCGAGGAUGUCUGUGCGCAGUCACGGGAGCAGUCACUCGUCGCCGUCGAAGAGGGGGACGAGAAGUGUCGGCUCAUCGCCUAAGAAAGGCAGUGGGUUGCGCAAGGAGUUUCCGCUUGUGCUGCUUCAUUGCACGCUGCUGCCGCCAGCGAACAACUGGGUAAGCCCGACUUGUCCUAAGGAGUUGUUUGCAGCUCUUCUACCAGACGGGUACCGGCAGCGAUGGAUCCAGCUGCACGACAAGCUCAGCAGUGCUGAAGUAAAGCUGCGAGGGAUCCUUCUUCCCCACCCGCAGGACGACUACGAGCUUCUAGAGGAGCGGUUGCUGGAGGCUCUCGAGCUCGAGUCGCCUCGAAUACAAGGCAGCCAUUUCGACGACAAAGGCGCGGACAGUGGCUUCGAGGACGGGAGUCAGUCUGAGAGCGACGCUGACGAUAAGUGUCCUGACUGCGGCAAGCAGAUCGGCAAACGGGAGCGGAAAUGGGAGAUCAAAGUCUUCGCUGCUAAUGGUCUGAUGAGGGGCGCGGCAUGGACAGCAGCGUGGCGAGAUAUGGAGAAGGUUGACGUACAGGUCGAUGUCUUCAUGCCGGAGGAUGUUCGCCGGGAGGUCAACACCAGGCUGGAAGCUUUGCAGGCUGCGGAGGAGGAAGCACAGAUGGAGGAGGAAGCUGCAUCGACGACAGCAGCGCAGCAUGAACCAAGAGGAUCCGCACACGAAUUACCAAGGGAACGGACCAGACCAGAUGAGCCGUAUCAGCAACGAGCGCAGCCGCAGGCACAUGACUCCAGCGCAAGAAGUCCGCGAGCCUCCAGCGCGAUCGAGUUGUUGCUGCAAGAUCGCAAGAAUAUCGUGAUCUUGCUGUUGAGCAUAGUUGUCGCCGUCUACGCAAUCAUCCUUCCCAGAAUUGGGCAGUUCAAUGAGCCGUCAUCAGUACUCGCCUCCCACACCGGCGCUCAGGCCGUGAGUCCCGUUGCAAAUACUGCAACGUGGUCGACCACAGGCAUUCUUCAGGAGGUGCCGCCCAUUCCUGUAGCGACAGCGAAUCACCGUCUUUCGAUGCACGAGCCAGCAAACAGGCCAUCUGGACCAGCGACCAAGCCAGCUGAAGUCUUGAACACAGAGACAAUUGGCAAGCACAUCCCCAUCGAUGAAGCUGCGCCUUUGGCAGCAGCCAGCGACAAUACGGACAACACGAGGGCCUCGCCAAUCGUGAACUUGGCUCCAGAUUCGCGCGAUAACGAGCACGAGAUUGGACACGAGAUGCAGCCGCCGGAUGCGGUGGCGGAGCUGCAACGUGAGCUUUCGAAUAAGGAAGAGCAAGUAUUCAUCACGCAGGAUGGCGAGGACAGGAGAGAAAGAUAG